UGUUUGGAAGGCCCAUCAUCUAAAGUUCUGAAAUACGUACAUUAUUCCACUUUUGGCCCAUCACUCAUCCCAUCUCACAUCGUCCGACUUUUACAACGUCUGGACCACCCACCUACCCACCCAUUGGCACUCGAAUCCAGCCUCUCUGGGAGACAUUGACGGUGACAAAGUCGCACUGCCAAUCGACGACAACGAGAACGAUAACAACCGGUCACCCAUCACUGGUCUCUCCUACAUUCGCUCGGCUUGACGGGAAUCCAGUGUUGUCCGACUCAGUGCCACCUGCCGCGACCUGCAACACCACCGGCCACCAACGCACGGAGCCCGCCUAGACGAAUAUCUGCAUUGACGUCACAGGAAGCAUCACAUCCAGCCCCGUCCCGCCGUUGCAGCUCCUCCUCCUCCGUGCCAUGAGUACAACGGCCGCCAAGGCGAGCGGCAGCUAUGCCGCCGGGCCGCCCGACAUUCUUCGCCCGCGCAGCCACGACCUCGGUGGUGAGGUGGCCUCGGCCAGUGACGGCGAUGACCUCCUCAACGCCCUCGGCUACAAGGCCGAACUAGCGCGCACCCGCUCGACGUGGCACGUCGCCUUCAUGUCCUUCGUCCUCGCCUCGAUUCCUUACGGUCUGGCCACCACCCUGUACUACCCGCUGCAAAACGGCGGUCCCGUCGUUGUCAUCUGGGGCUGGGUCAUCAUCAGUGCCAUCAUUCUCUGCGUUGCGGCUUCUCUUGGUGAAAUCACGUCGGUUUAUCCUACGGCUGGCGGUGUCUACUACCAGACUUUCAUGAUCGCGCCCGCCAAGUAUCGGAGAGUGUCAGCCUAUAUUUGCGGAUGGGCCUAUGUCGUUGGCAAUAUCACGAUUACCUUGGCUGUGAACUUUGGUACUGCUCUGUUUUUUGUCGCUUGUGUCAAUGUCUUCCAAAAUGAGGACGGCAGCGAUAUCUGGCAGGCGGAGACGUACCAGAUCUUCCUGGUGUUUUUGGCCAUCACUUUGCUGUGUAACGCCAUCUCGGCGCUGGGCAACAAGAUCCUGCCUCUUUUGGAUACCUUCGCCAUCGUCUGGACCUUCGUCGGCCUCAUUUGCAUCCUCGUCACCAUCCUCGUCGUAGCCAAGGAAGGCCGCCACUCCGGCGCUUACGCCUUCGGCCAUUUCGAGCCCACCUCCGGCUGGCCCAAGGGUUGGGCCUUCUGCGUCGGUCUCCUGCACGCCGGCUACGCCACCUCUUCGACUGGCAUGAUCAUCUCCAUGUGCGAGGAAGUCCAGCGCCCCGCCACCCAGGUGCCCAAGGCCAUGGUCAUCACCAUCGUCAUCAACGCUAUCGGCGGCCUGGUCUUCAUGAUUCCCCUCAUGUUCGUCCUCCCCGACAUUGCCAUGCUGGUCGCCUUGCCGUCCGGUCAGCCCGUCCCCACCAUCCUCAAGUCCGCUGUCGGCUCCUCUGUUGGAGCUAUCUGCUUGCUUAUUCCCCUGAUGGUCUUGGGUAUCCUCUGCGGCACUGCUUGCACCACCGCCGCCUCUCGCUGCACUUGGGCGUUUGCUCGCGACGGUGCCAUUCCCGGAGCCAGAUGGUGGAAGGAGGUGCACACCGGUUUGGAUCUGCCCCUGAACGCCAUGAUGUUGUCCAUGGUUAUCCAGAUCUUGCUGGGCGUCAUUUACUUUGGUUCGUCGGCGGCUUUCAAUGCCUUCAGUGGUGUUGGUGUCAUUUGCUUGACCAUUUCGUACGCGGUGCCGAUUGCCGUGUCGAUGAUUGAGAAGCGGAAGCAUGUCAUUGGUGCCAAGUUCCCGUUGGGCAAGCUGGGGUGGUUUUGCAACAUUAUUGCUUUGGCCUGGUCCUUCUUCGCAGUCCCCCUCUUCUGCAUGCCCGCCUACAUCCCCGUUAGCGCCGGCACCGUCAACUACGCCCCUGUUGUCUUCGUCGGCUUCACCUCCGUUUCUCUGGCGUGGUACAUCACCUGGGGCCACAAGAACUACGCCGGCCCGCCUACAGAGCAAGUUGGCGAGGAUGUCGCGACCAUGACUACAGGUGCCGCCUCGGCGAUCCCUGGCGACAUUAAGAAGCCGGUACCGGUUGAGGGAUCCUUGGGGAAGAAGGACUGAAAGGUGGCCAGGUGCUGCUGGCUGCCGUUGCCCUCUCAACUAGGGUGGAAGAGAAAAAAAAAAGAACAGAGCGAUGAACUGUUUCAUGAAUAAAUAGAUUAUAUGAUUCUUGGAUAUGAAAGUGAGAUGGUAAUGUUAAUGACUUGAAUAUACUUUCCGGAGAGUAUUAUUAUGGUGCAUGAGAAUACAGUGGGGGGUGGUGAACGGAAAAUAGAUGGUGCGGCAUGAGAUGCUGGUGUCGGAAGCCGCUAGAUAACAAAAACAUCAUUGAAACGUACGAACAUCCAGAAAUGGAUGGCUAGACAGGGAUGGGAUGGCGAGAUGGUGUGGCAGAUAGGGGUAGACGUGGAAAAAGAAUUGAGGAGGUAGAGCUAGAAAAAAAUAGGUACAUAGAUACCCCAUUUAGAAAUGACAAUGUGAAUGAGCAUAUGGUUGAAGCUG